AUGAUCAGGGUGAUGACCAAAUUUGUAUCAAAGUUGAAAUCAAAGAGGAAGAGACGUGGACACAAUGGGUGGAAUAAUAUUGAACGGCAUCGUAUUUCAUCUCCAGAAUACAAUGAAUAUAAUGCAAAUGACUCGGCACCAUAUUUCCCAUGUGAAGAUCCCGGACAUUCCCGUGCCGGUAGAUUAACGGAUCUCUCUAACCCUGAGGAAUCUUCUGAUAGGUCACAUACUGUUCAAUCAGAUAACCAUCUAACAUAUCACAAUGCAGAUAGACCAUCAAAUCCAUCUUCCAUUGAUAAUUCAGACUCUAUUACCCAGAAAAGUGGGAAGAUAUUUCCGUGUCCUCACUGUGAAAAAUGUUUUUCAGCAAAAUCAUUUCUUGAUAAACAUGUAAGAGUGCACACCGGGGAGCGGCCAUUCUCAUGCUCCGAGUGCGGGAUUUCUUUCAAGUCCAGCUCAAAUCUCUUUAGACAUCAAAGACUGCACGCUGGAGUGAAGACCUUUACAUGUUCAGUGUGCGGGAAGUCUUGUGCAGACAAUGCCAACCUUGCCCGGCACCUUCUAAACCACACCGGUGAGAAACCUUUUCCGUGCUCAGAGUGCGGGAAGCGUUUUAAAAGGAAGUCUCAGUUGACGGAGCAUUUUAGAGUUCACACGGGCGAAACUCCUUUCUCAUGUCCGGAGUGUGGAGAAAGUUUUAUGCAGAAGUAUGAUCUCACCGUCCACCAGAAGACCCAUACGGACAAAAUUCCAUACACAUGUAUGGUUUGUGGGAAAGGUUUUACAUGGAAGCAUACUCUCCUCCUACACCAGCGAAUGCACACAGGCAAAAUGCUGUACACGUGUACAGAGUGCGGGCAGGGGUUCAUACGGAAACGCACGUUUGUCAACCACCAGAGAACCCACGAAGAGGAGCUGUCCAUCUCUUGCACAGAUUGCGGGAAACGCUUCACUCAGAAAUCCGCUCUUGCCGAGCAUCAAAAACUUCACGUAGAUGAAAGCUCCUUGACAUGUCUCGAGUGCGGCAAAUCUUUUCAAACCAAGUCUGAACUUUACCUGCAUCGUAGAGUUCAUGUCCGUGAGGAGAUCUUUCCAUGCUCAGAAUGUGAAAAGUCAUUCAAAACAAAGACAGAGCUCCUUCUACAUCAGAGAGGUCACACCGGUGAGGAGAUCUUCUCAUGCUCAGAAUGCAAUAAGUCCUUCAUACGUAGAUCGGACCUUGUCAGACACCAGAGAGUCCACACCGGCGAAAAGCCCUUUCUGUGCUUCCAGUGCGGCAAACGCUUCUCACAUAGGGGAGGCCUCAGAGGCCACCUGAAGCUCCACACCGGAGAGAAGCCCUUCUCCUGCUCCGAGUGUGGGAAAAGCUUUAGCAGGAAGGACAAUCUAAUUUCCCAUCAGAACACUCACAAGGCAGAGAAGCCGUUUUCCUGUGCAGAGUGCGGGACGGGGCCCGGAAAACAGGCCUUGUGUUCACACAGUGGAGCGGCCAUAUUCUUGCUCGGAGAGCCGGGAAAGUAGGUUGAUGAAAGCCUGUCAAAAUAAAUAUUAGAGAGGU